GCACUUUAUUAUUGCAACCCAGGAUAUGGGUCCUCUGGAUUACAUCAGAACAGACUCUGGCCGGAUUUCAAAUCAGCUUUUAUGCAAAAUUUUGAUUUCAUGGCCAAUACCCCGCCGCAUCAAUUAAAUAAAUAGUAAGUCCGGCUCGUGAAAUCCGGGGCCUCACAGACCUCUAGUAUAUUGCUCGUUGCAGAUUCGAGUGAUCUCCUUGAUUCUCAAGUUCCGUUGCCUCGCUUCAGUUCUCCUAUCAGACCAGCACACGAUUUGACAUGUCCCUGCCUAAGACAACCGACGCCUGGGUUAUCAAGGGCACCGAUGGCUCAAAAGGCUGGGGUAACCUGAAACUCGAGAAGAACAGGCCGAUUCCCGAGCUCGGUGAUCAUGACUGUCUCGUCCAGAUCCAAGCGGUGUCGUUGAACUACCGAGAUCUGACCAUUCCUCAGGGAAUGUACCCUCUGCCACUCAAUAUCCCGUCAGUCGCCUGCUCUGAUGGGGCCGGACGCGUUGUCGCCAAGGGCUCAAGAGUAACCCAAUUCGAAGAAGGCGACAAAGUCGUCACGCAAUUUACCCAAGCCCAUCAAGCCGGGCCCAUUACCGCCGACAUGUUAGCCACCACUCUAGGCGGCGGUUGCGACGGUACACUGCGUCAAUAUGCAGUGUUUCCGGAAUCUGGCCUCGUGCGAGCGCCGUCGAAUCUUACGCCAACUGAAGCAGGCACAUUGACAUGUGCUCCGGUGACGGCAUGGAACGCUUUGUACGGCCUCGAAUCGAAAGCACUCCAACCAGGCCAGGUUGUCUUGACUCAAGGUACCGGAGGCGUCUCUCUGGCCGCUAUUCAAUUCGCAAAAGCAGCCGGGGCCACCGUUAUUGCGACGACUUCUUCGGCCGAAAAGGCCAAAUAUCUCGAGAAAAUGGGCGCUGACAUCGUCCUCAACUACAAGGAGGAUCCGAACUGGGGCGAGACAGCCAAGAGGUUGUCGCCGGGUAAGGCUGGCGUGGACUUUGUCAUCGAAGUUGGCGGUCCGGGCACAAUGGCGCAGUCGCUGAAAGCAAUCAAACUCGAGGGCAUUAUUGCCGUCAUUGGAUUCCUUGGUGGUCCCAAAUCAGAAGAGGAGCCCAGCACAUUGGCCGCACUGUCAGCAGGCUGCAUUAUUCGCGGUAUUCUGAUUGGGUCCAAGGCGCAACUGAAAGCCAUGAACCGUGCUAUCGAGGCCAACAACAUCCAUCCGGUUGUGGACCAGAAACGGUUUGAUUUCGAAAAUGCCAUUGAUGCCUAUGAGUACCAGUGGAAGCAGAAGAAUUUUGGCAAGGUCGUCAUUCAACUACCUGGUGCAGGCGCAUAGAAGGCUCACGAUGGGAUCCUUCGUAAUUCAUAGUCAUUCACGAAUUGAGCAAUGCGAAUGUGCCUCUGGCAGCUCAAAUUAGAUCUAGCGAACAUCAAGAUCCGCCGCCAGAGUGGUCUGUUGUGAAAUUCCGUCCUCGGGGUGUCAGAAUUCGUUCCCCCAAUGGAUUGUCUUACAUGACUCCUCGUGUACAAUUAAAGUCUUCUGCCAUGCAUGAUUAGGAACUAGUACCUAGUAACUAUCCCUAUCAAAC